CUCAAAAAUAAGGGAAUGGCCCUGAACAGAGGAACUACUGCGCUGGAAUGGGGGCUAGCACCCGAACAGACCUGCGGCAGGUGGCGGGUAGAGCAGCUGACAGAAGAACAGAAAAAUGAGUUCAAGGCCGCCUUCGACAUCUUCGUGCUGGGCGCCGAGGACGGCUGCAUCAGCACCAAGGAGCUGGGCAAGGUGAUGAGGAUGCUGGGCCAGAACCCCACGCCCGAGGAGCUGCAGGAGAUGAUCGACGAGGUGGACGAGGACGGCAGCGGCACGGUGGACUUUGACGAGUUCCUGGUCAUGAUGGUCCGGUGCAUGAAGGACGACAGCAAGGGCAAGUCGGAGGAGGAGCUGUCGGACCUCUUCCGCAUGUUCGACAAAAACGCCGACGGCUACAUUGACCUGGAGGAGCUGAAGAUGAUGCUGCAGGCCACGGGCGAGACCAUCACGGAGGACGACAUCGAGGAGCUCAUGAAGGACGGCGACAAGAACAACGAUGGCCGCAUCGACUACGACGAGUUCCUGGAGUUCAUGAAGGGCGUGGAGUAGACCUAGCCUUUGCCCAGAGCUGCCCGUGCCCACCCUCCGACUCCAGCCAGCCCUGGGGAGACAGCCGGGGUCCCCAGGAUCUGAGCUCGGCGUGUCCUUAAUCCCUGCCCCUGACCCCUGACCCCCUCACAGCCUUUCCUCGGGAUGCAAAUAAAGCAUUGCUCCCUGGA